AGCUCGUCCGCUCGGGGCUGAGCCGCUCAGGGGUCAGGGUUCACUGGCUCAGCCGUUCAUCUCCUCCCUCUGUUUCUUAAUUCUUUCCCUUCUCUCGGACUCUCUGCUCUCUUCCUUCCCUGGCGGCGACGACUCGGCGAGCGGCGGCACCAUUUUUCCUGUCUUCGCCCAGCCUUUUGCCGGCGACGAGCGCAUCGUCCAGAAUUAUCGGAAUCUCCCCAUAUCGAAAUCUCCGAUGAUGGCUGUGGCAAAUGGAGUGGUCGGUUCAUCUGCAAAGGAACCCUUGCUUUCGUUUGGUGUAAUUGCUGAUGUGCAGUAUGCCGAUAUCCCAGACGGCCGCUCGUUCCUCGGUGUCCCGCGCUACUACCGCCACAGCAUCAGUGUCCUCCAAAGGGCUGUCAGUAGAUGGAACAAACAUGGCAACAUUAAGUUCUCGAUCAACUUUGGCGACAUCAUCGAUGGCUACUGCCCGAAGGACAAAUCGUUGUGGGCAGUGCAGAAGGUCCUUGAUGAAUUUGACAAGUUUGACGGGCCGACCUACCACAUGUUUGGCAACCAUUGCCUGUACAACCUUCCUCGCAGCAAGCUGGUGUCUUUGCUGAAGAUGCCAACUGAUUCGGAUCAUGCUUAUUAUGACUUCUCGCCAUGUCCCGAGCUCAGAAUUGUUGUUCUGGAUGCUUAUGACUUCAGUUGCCUUGGCUGGCCUCAUGACCAUCCUGUGACGGCAGCAGCAACGAAGCUCCUGGAUGAAAAGAACCCAAACACUGACAAGAACAGCCCUGAUGGUCUGGUUGGCGUCGCCAGGCGAUUUGUGAUGUUCAAUGGUGCAGUUGGCAAGGAGCAGCUGUCAUGGCUCAAUGAUGUCCUCCAGGACGCAUCGGCACUCCAUCAAAAUGUCAUUAUAUGCAUCCAUCUCCCGAUGGAUCCCGGCGCAUCUUCCCCAGCAGCUCUCAUGUGGAACUACGAUGAGGUGAUGGAUAUUGUUCGCCGGUACAGCUGUGUCAAGGCCUGCUUUGCGGGGCAUGACCACAAGGGUAGCCACUCUGUGGACUCGCACGGUGUGCAUCACCGCACUCUCGAGGCUGCAUUGGAGUGUCCUCCAGGCACCAGAGCAUUCGGGUAUGUCGAAGUGUAUCCUGACAGGCUGCUGCUUGUUGGUUCUGACAGAAUGGCGGAUACUGAGAUCCCUUUUUGAGCCAUUAGAGUGAUCUGUCUAGCACAAGAAAAUUCUUGUGGCUUCAUUGUUUGACGGAAUAAUGUCACUGAUACUGAAUUAUCUUCAAUAAUGAAAUGAAAUCCAUAUGAUCAUUAGCUUCUGUCAAGGAUUGUUCUAUUGAUACUUGUAGACAAUCAUAUUGUGAUGCUCUUGUCUGCAGCUACUCUACACGAAUAUUUGUCUAAUAUCUGUAGAAGGGAUCAAGGAUUGCUUGGUUUGAAAGGACUAAAAGAAGCAGUUGCAGCCAUGGGUUGACAUCAUAUUUUCUCAAUGACUCCAACCCCAUGAGGCUGAUCAAACUUGACAUUUGUACACUGUACUGUUAACUGUUUCCUUUUCGGUUCUUGGCUUGAUUUUCAGACUAAAUGGUUGCAUUCACAGCAUCUUCAUUUUGGAAUUCCUUGUUGAAGUGCACAUGAGGUUGAUCAAAACUUGAUGCUUGUACAGCCUUCAGAUUAUUCACUAUUCCUACAGUUUACAGUU